GGCCCGGCCCGGCGCUCGGCGCUCCCCCCCGGGCUCUUUGUUGGAGGUGGCGGCAGGGGCCGCGCGCUAUGUCCUCCCCCAAGAACGGCUUCUACCAACAGGAGAUCACCAAAACCCUCUGGGAAGUGCGGGACCGCUACCGGGACCUGCAGCCCGUGGGCUCCGGCGCCUACGGAACCGUCUGCUCCGCUGUGGAUGGAAGAAGCGGCGCCAAAGUGGCCAUUAAGAAGCUGUACCGCCCCUUUCAGUCCCAGAUCCUUGCCAAGAGAGCCUACCGAGAGCUGCGCCUCCUGAAGCACAUGAAGCACGAAAACGUCAUUGGAAUACUGGAUGUGUUCACACCAGAUGUCACACUGGAGAAAUUUAACGGCUUCUACCUGGUCAUGCCAUUUAUGGGAACAGACUUAAGUAAGAUAAUGAAGCAUGAGAAACUCACUGAAGACCGAAUCCAGUUCUUGGUAUAUCAGAUAUUGAAAGGCUUAAAGUAUAUUCACUCAUCUGGCAUAAUUCACAGGGAUCUAAAGCCUGGAAACCUGGCAGUAAAUGAAGACUGCGAACUGAAGAUCCUGGAUUUUGGAUUGGCCAGGCAUACGGACAGUGAGAUGACAGGUUACGUGGUUACAAGGUGGUACAGAGCCCCAGAGGUCAUCCUUAAUUGGAUGCAUUACACACAAACAGUUGACAUCUGGUCUGUGGGCUGUAUAAUGGCUGAAAUGAUAACGGGGAGGCCUCUGUUCAGGGGAAACGACCAUCUGGACCAACUCACAGAAAUAAUGAAAAUAACGGGUACGCCAAGUCAAGAUUUUGUGCAAAAACUGAAGAGUCAGGAUGCAAAAAACUAUAUCAAAAGCCUUCCAAAAGUCCAGAAAAAAGAUUUUGCAUCCGUCUUGAAGCACGCGAGUCCUUUGGCUGUAAAUCUUUUGGAGAACAUGCUGGUGCUGGAUGCGGAGGAGCGAGUCACGGCAGCUGAGGCUUUGAUGCACCCUUACUUUGAACCAAUUCACGAUCCUGAGGAAGAAAUCGAGGCUGAGAAAUAUGAUGACACAUUUGAUAACAUGGAUCUGCCCCUGGAUGAGUGGAAGCGUAUUACAUAUAAAGAGAUACUGAACUUCAAGCCACCACAAACAUCAGAGUCAAAGGAGACAGCGGUGUAACUGUAUGGCUCCAUCUUUUCGGAACUCAGAAGAAAGCGGGAAAGCUGUAAAUGUUUGUGAUAUUUCAGAUGUAUAAAUUUUUUAUAAAUAAAUUGGAUGUAAUCUAUUUCA